AAUAGCGCUUCUCAAGCAAUCCUGAACGCAGGAGUCGUAUCUUACAAGAGAGGGGCUUGUUGAUAAAUAGACAUGCACGGUCGGAUUGAAGGCAGUCGUGGCAGCGUACACCUCGCUUUCAAAAUGAGGACGCUGGCGAUAACGUUAUGUUUGGCGAUAUCCGUCGUGGCUUCAAUAGCCAUACCCCUUAAAGAAACUUCUGAAGACGCAGUAAUUUCAAGAGAGAAACGUUCACCUACAGGCUGGCAUGAACCAGAAGGAGUUUGGGAAAAAAAACUUGUUUGGAAAGAAGAUUGGAAACAGAUUUGGAAAACUGAAAAGAAAUUAAUCUGGAAAACCGAAUGGAAAAAAGAAAAAGUACCCGCCUGGAAAACUGAAAAAGUACAACAGUGGAAAGAGGAACAAGUACCAGCUUGGAAAGUCAUACAAAAACCCAUAUGGAAGGAAGUACAAGUACCUAUAUGGAAAGAAGUACAAGUACCAGAUUGGAAGAAAGUUUGGAAACCAGUCUGGAAAGAAAUACAAGUACCCGUUACUAAAGCUAUACAAGUACCCGAAUGGAAACAGAACUUUGUACCAGAAUGGGUAAAGGAGGGUGUUCCUGGUGAAAAAUAUUUGGGUAAAGAUGACCAUGGAUGGGAAUACACCAGUCAUGAUCUUUGGAGAAAAAAGUUGAUCUGGAAGCCAGUGUGGAAAAAAGUCUGGAAAACUGAGCACAAACAAGAGUGGGUAACUGACAAGAAACUAGAAUGGAAAGAAGAAUGGAAACAAAUUUGGAGAACUGAAAAGAAACAAGCCUGGGUAACGGAAAAGAAGCAGGAAUGGGUAGAAGAGAAAGUACAAGUUUGGAAAACUGUUAAGAAAGAAGUUUGGGUGCCAGUACAGAAGAAAAUAUGGGUCGAGAAAUGGAAGCAAAUUCAAGUUCCAGUAUGGAAAACAAUAGAAGUUCCCGCAUGGAAAAAAGUAUGGAAACCAGUCUGGCAAAAAGUGUGGGUACCAGUACAUCAUGAACACCACGAGCACCACGGAUGGGAUUAAUAGGUAGUUUUUACGUUAUUUGUACAUAUAGUCAUAUUUACGACGUAGUCAUUUGUUACUUAAUUGUUACCAUAAAACCCAAGAUAUGUUGAGUUUUGUAAAUAAUAUCUUUUACCCUGUUUACUGGAUGGUGCUGGUGAGUAUUUGCUAAACAAGUUAAUAUUAUUUUAGGCGUACGCGAAGGCGAAUGCUCUUUUAUCAGCGAUUGUACGAAAUUCAAAAUUUCGCUUGCGAAUGUGUUUGGCUUUGCGUGCGCCUCUUAAGUGUUG